CAUUCAUUUGGGAUCCUGGUCAGCCGUGGAGAGCUUACCAAGGCCGAACGGGGAGCAUGGGUUUCCCGAAACCAUGAGUUUCCCAUGCACCCCAAAACUACAUUUACACAUCUGUUCUCCUCCAUCCAGCCCUCGCCGGGCUCUCGAAUACCCGGUUUCUUUCAAGCGAGGUGAAGAAAGAGGAACUUCGGGUUGUCGAGUGGAUUGGCUAUCUUGAAAUAAAGUGUUGGAAGGCCCUCAAUGCAGGGAAGGAUGUGUUUUGUGGGUUGUGGGCCGGGCUGAGCGAGCGAGCGAAGCGGAGGAGAAGCUAAACCUCUCGCGCGUGCUGGACACACUGCCUUUCAAAGCGUCUGCAAACUUGAUUUCUCCUUGCCUCGCCUCGGACCUGUCCCUUCGGCAACACCGCCCAACAUCUGCACGAUGAAGUGGGUUUUUUGGACCGCUGUGGCUCUCCUCGCCGUUCGGGAAGCAGAGGCGCUGAAGGAACCGCAGCUGUGUUACGUCCUGGAUGGGAUUCUUUUUCUCUACGGCAUUAUUGUGACGUUCUUGUACUGCCGAAUGAAGAUCCAGAACCGAAAGAAAUCAAAAGCUCCCCCGGUGUCCGACUACGAGAAAGUGGAAGGCGUCUAUACGGGCCUUAAAAUGCGUGAGGCUGACGAAUACAUGCCCCUCGAGCUUCGAAAACAGAUUCCAACAGAACAGCCCCCCGAACAAGGCUCAUUGGUGGGGUAGCUGUUUUCUCUGGAGCAGUGAGUUGAAAUUGCAUGACUCUACUUUAGAUGCCAGUAACCAGAGGAAAAAAGAACCCCCCCCCCUUUUUCCCAGCUUUGGGAACAAGGACUCCAUCUUCUUGGCAAAUCAGCUGAAUGGAUUUGGAUGGCACUUCUGUAAAUCUCGUAUGUAUGAUAUAAGCUUCCUUCUAACCCCUAGCAGAAUAGCUAGGGUGAGAGAGAAGGUAGCUCCAGACAUGUAUGAAUCUCUUUUUUAAUCAGAGUUUUGAAAAACUUGCUUUUCCAGGUACGUCCUCCCCCAAAAGAUUCUGGACCUGUAUUCAAAAAAUCAACAUUUUUCAAACCCUCUUUUUAACACUGUCAUCCCUGCUCUGAUGUUUUAUUAUAUCAUUUCGUAUUGUAUCUUACUACUUCUUUUUAAAAUAAAUAAAUAAAUAAAAUGCAGGAA